CAUAAUCUCACUGACCCAGACAUAACACAAGCACAGUUCAACGACAACAAGAAGACAAUGAAGACCACUGCAGCUUUUGUUCUUCUUGCCUGCCUGAUGGCUGUAGGGGUGAAAGGACAGAACAGGUCUUCAAAGGGCAGGUGCUUCUGUGCAGACAAAGGUGCAAACAUGGUUUUAGUGAAGAACAUUGAGAAGGUUGAAAUCAUCCCUCCAAGUCCAUCUUGUCGCAAACAUGAGAUUAUUGUCACUCUGAAGAACGGAGCAGGAUGGAAAUGCAUGAAUCCAGAGUCAAAAUUCACUCAAAAUGUCAUCAUAAAGGCUCUUGAAAAGAGGAGCCAGAAGACACACAGUACAACUGCUUCUGUGCCACUGAAGAGCACCAUGACGUCAUCAUCAGCGCCAACAUCCUUCAAAUGACUUCAUAGACUUCAGAUGAAUUAAUAUUCUGCCUCAUAAGUUGGAGUUCAAUUUAGAAAAAAAAUUAAAGCUAAAAAUAUUUCCUAUGUCUAAGCUGAUUAAAUUAUUUUUUUAUCUGACCACUGGGUUGUUUUCACAAAUGUGUCAUAUGUACAGUCUUUUUAUAAUUUGCUUUAUGAUUGUAUUUUUAUUGUCCACAAAGAUGUGUCAAAUAAAGCUUUUAUAUCUGUAAAAUAUGUCUUCUGACCUCUUUCAGAGUAGUUCUUGCAUUCUGACAUUCUGAGUGAAAAUGCAUAUAAUAAUCCAUUUACAAUAAGCAUUAAGAG